AUGAAGAGUAACACUAACAACGAGGAGCGUAGAGGCGCAGGCAUCCCCAGACUGUUCAAACUCGACGAUGAACUUACCAGUGUUACUAUGCCUCAUGUUUCGUCACAGGCAACGCCGCCGCAGGCACCUGCUCAGAUCAUGGAGCCACCCAUGAUGACCUACGACAACAAGACCAUGGCCAUCAUCAUGGGCGCCGUGGUCGUCGUCUUCUUGGUAUCGGGCUUCGUUUCCCUGUACAAUCGUCAAUGUGGGGACAGACGCCGUUUCCGAGGCCACAUCGACCUCACAUUUCCAAUGGGGCCCCUGCGAUCCAGUUCCCGCGCCCAGGGUCGCGGUGUGAGCCCGGAGAUCAUCCAGAGCUUCCCCACUUUCCUGUACUCGACGGUGAAGGGGAGAGGGGCGCUGGCAUGCGCGGUGUGCUUGAACGAGUACGAAGACGAUGACACGCUGAGGUUAAUCCCGAAAUGCAGGCACGUGUUCCACCCCGAAUGCAUCGACGGCUGGCUGGCGUCUCACUACACGUGCCCACUGUGCCGGGCCAACCUGCUGGUUCCGGUAGUACUGCAGAGCGAGAGCGAGGUGACGCCUUUGGUAGCCGUCGGAAUUCCAGAUUCAGAAGAACAAAACGAGCACGAUAAUAGUGAGAACGAGAAUAAUGGAGGAGGGAGGGGGAAUACAAGAGGGUAUCGGAGUAGGACGGUGAAGGAGAGGGUGGGUCCAAGUCGGUCAAGGUCAACGGGACUGCUGAUGGGGAUACUGUUUGGGAGGUCUCGGUCAACGGGAGAAGCUGGAGGAGGGAGGGAGUAG